AUGAGCGGAGCCGGAGGCGGCCGGGGCGGUGGGUCCCCGGCCCCCCAGCGGGCAGCGCCAUGGAGCCUGGUGGCGACGACGACGACGGCCGCGCUCUGCCUGGUGACGGCCACGUCCCUGUGGACGGCGGGGGCCGCGCCCAUGACUAGGGAGGAGAAGCAGAGGCUCGGGAAUCAAGUACUGGAAAUGUUUGAUCAUGCUUAUGGCAACUAUAUGGAACAUGCUUAUCCAGCUGAUGAACUCAUGCCUUUAACCUGCAGAGGUCGAAUUAGAGGCGAGGAGCCAAGUCGGGGUGAUGUUGACGAUGCCUUGGGAAAAUUUUCCCUGACACUGAUUGAUUCUUUGGACACUCUUGUGGUAUUAAAUAAAACUAAAGAAUUUGAAGAUGCAGUGAAAAAAGUUUUAAGAGAUGUUAAUUUAGAUAAUGAUGUAGUUGUAUCAGUCUUUGAAACAAACAUCAGAGUUCUUGGGGGUCUUUUGGGUGGACACUCAUUGGCAAUCAUGCUGAAAGAAAAGGGCGAGUACAUGCAAUGGUACAAUGAUGAACUUCUGCAAAUGGCAAAGCAGUUGGGUUACAAGCUUUUACCAGCUUUUAAUACCACCAGUGGCCUUCCUUAUCCAAGAAUUAAUUUAAAGUUUGGAAUGAGAAAACCAGAAGCUCGGACAGGAACUGAGACCGAUACCUGUACAGCAUGUGCAGGUACCUUGAUCCUUGAGUUUGCUGCUUUAAGUCGAUUCACAGGAGCAACAAUAUUUGAGGAAUAUGCUAGAAAAGCUCUUGAUUUUCUCUGGGAAAAAAGACAGCGAAGUAGUAAUUUAGUAGGUGUGACCAUAAAUAUCCAUACAGGAGAUUGGGUGCGAAAAGAUAGUGGAGUUGGAGCUGGCAUUGAUUCCUAUUAUGAAUAUCUGUUGAAAGCUUAUGUCUUGCUUGGAGAUGACAGUUUUCUGGAAAGAUUUAAUACACACUAUGAUGCCAUCAUGCGGUACAUCAGCCAGCCCCCUCUGCUACUCGAUGUGCAUAUCCAUAAGCCAAUGCUGAAUGCUCGGACUUGGAUGGAUGCUUUGCUUGCCUUUUUUCCAGGUCUGCAGGUCUUAAAGGGAGAUAUUAGACCUGCUAUUGAAACUCAUGAAAUGUUAUAUCAAGUGAUUAAAAAACACAAUUUUCUACCAGAGGCAUUUACCACAGAUUUUAGGGUACAUUGGGCUCAACAUCCUUUAAGACCAGAAUUUGCAGAAAGUACCUACUUCUUGUAUAAAGCUACAGGAGACCCUUACUACCUUGAAGUAGGGAAAACACUUAUUGAAAACUUAAAUAAAUAUGCUCGAGUGCCUUGUGGAUUCGCUGCCAUGAAGGAUGUUCGCACUGGAAGUCACGAGGACAGAAUGGAUUCUUUCUUCUUGGCUGAAAUGUUUAAAUAUCUUUACUUGCUAUUUGCGGAUAAAGAAGAUAUUAUUUUUGACAUAGAAGAUUACAUAUUCACAACAGAAGCUCAUCUGUUACCUCUCUGGCUCUCUACUACAAAUCAAAGCAUCUCUAAGAAGAGCACAAAUUCAGAAUAUAUAGAACUGGAUGACAGUAAUUUUGAUUGGACUUGUCCAAAUACUCAGAUUCUCUUCCCUAAUGAUCCAUUGUAUGCUCAGAGCAUUCGUGAACCCUUGAAAAAUGUGGUGGAUAAGAGCUGUCCUAGAGGCGUCAUCAGAGUAGAGGAGAGUUUCAGGAGUGGAUCUAAACCCCCGCUGAGAGCCAGAGAUUUCAUGGCCACUAACCCUGAGCACUUAGAAAUCUUGAAGAAGAUGGGGGUGAGUUUGAUUCACCUCAAAGAUGGGAGAGUCCAGUUGGUUCAACAUGCAAUCCAAGCUGCUAGUUCAAUUGAUGCUGAAGAUGGGUUGAGGUUUAUGCAGGAGAUGAUUGAAUUGUCAAGUCAGCAACAGAAAGAACAGCAGCUACCGCCCCGAGCUGUACAAAUUGUUUCCCACCCAUUUUUUGGCAGGGUAGUAUUGACUGCUGGACCAGCUCAGUUUGGGCUAGAUCUGUCUAAACAUAAAGAGACAAGAGGAUUUGUUGCAAGCAGUAAACCAUACAAUGGUUGUUCAGAGCUUACUAACCCUGAGGCAGUGAUGGGAAAAAUUGCUUUGCUACAAAGAGGACAGUGCAUGUUUGCAGAAAAGGCACGCAAUAUCCAGAACGCUGGAGCCAUCGGUGGCAUUGUCAUUGAUGACAAUGAGGGAAGCAGCAGUGAUACUGCCCCUCUGUUCCAGAUGGCAGGUGACGGAAAGGACACAGAUGACAUCAAGAUCCCUAUGCUAUUCCUAUUCAGUAAAGAAGGAAGUAUCAUAUUGGAUGCUAUCCGGGAAUACGAGGAGGUGGAAGUGCUUCUUUCUGACAAAGCAAAAGACCGAGAUCCGGAAAUGGAAAAUGAGCCUCAGAGUGCUGAUCAGACUGCGUCAGGCCCUCAGGAGGGGGAUGGAGAGUCUCCGGAGGACAGCUCUCUGAACUCUCUCUCAGAAUCAUCAUCUCCAGCAACUUCAGACAAUGCUGCUCCUUCCCAGCAGGAUUCUGAGCCCAUAAAAAGCAAAGGGUAUGUACGCUUUGAUGAUGAAUGUACAUAUUUUGAUGAAGAUGAAGAACAAUCAGAAACUGAGGAAGAUUCUAAGCAAGAUUCUAAGCCCCUACAUCCCAUAGUAGCAGACUGGAAAGAAGAUAUGAAAGCAAUUAGAGAGCUGCAGAAGGAAAUGAUGAAGAAGAAGGGUGAACUAUGA